CAAGUUUCGAUGGUAACUUCAUUGACACCGAGCGCGGGGGGCUGUCACGUUCACACACCGGGUCGUAGGAGCCGCUUCAUAGCAGGAGACAGAAAAUAGAUAUUUCAUACUUCACUUUCCCCGUCCAACACCCGUGGAAAUGUUUAACAGUCUUCUCAGGGAAUUUGACGAGGACCCUUUCUUGUCCUCGUCAAGGGAUCCAUUCCAAGCACACAAUACCCGUGUACAACAGAUGAUGCGGAGUUUCUCAGAGCCCUUCGGUCGGGACUUCAUGCCCAGUCUGACUGGCGGGCGGUACAGGGGCCACGUAUCCGGGGGCCAACUCAACACUAGCAUGGUGCCACGGGAGGACCACAGGGACAUGGAGUCGAAGAAUCCAUUCAGUAUGUUGGACAGCAUGAUGUUCGGCGUGAGGAACAGGAUGGAGGACAUGCACAGAAACUUUGAGAACCUGUCCACAGACUCGAACGGCAACACCAACGCCCACUCAUUCAGCUCUUCCUCAGUGAUGACCUAUUCCAAGGUUGGAGACGAACCCCCCAAAGUGUUCCAGGCCUCCUCCCAGACACGGCGCGCCCCCGGCGGGAUUAAGGAGACUCGGCAGUCCCUGAAGGACUCAGAGAGUGGUCUGGAGAAGAUGUCCAUUGGACACCACAUCCAGGACCGAGGACACGUGCUGGAGAAAAAACACAACAAGAAGACAGGGGAACGGGAGCUCAACCAGGACUUCCAGAAUCUGGAUGAAUCCGAGGCGCAGUCCUUUGACGAAGAGUGGCAGCAAGAGGUGUCUAAAUUCCGACCAUUUGCCCCCAAGUCCAGUCUGGAGGCUCCCAAGCCUAAGGUGGUGCACCGGGCAGCCCUCACUGCCGCCACCGGCACCGACCAGGGACGUAGGGACAAAGCAAACCCAAAACCUGAAGGAAGGAAGAUACACAUUGAAGAUCUCAAAGUCAAAGGAUCAGGCAUGGUGAAGCAGUAGAAAUGUCUAGCAAAUAAAGCUACAUCAGGCAACAACUCUUUGAUGCUUUUACCUGUCUCCAAGACAAGUUUGGUUUCCAGGUAUUUUGUCUCACAGAAAAUCAGACAAUGACCCAGUUGUUAUGCUUUUUACCCUUUCAUUUUCACACUAACAAGUAAAGUAAAGAACACUUGUCAAGUCAGGCACUUAUUCUGUCAAAGUAGAUCCACACAAGCUUCUUCCAGAAAGCUCAGGACUCCUGUGGAAGUAGCAUUAAGACAGGCACACAUAAGCUACUAGCGAUUAUAUGUGAUAUAUGAUUUCAGAAUCAUGACAUGAGAGCAGACAUGUGUCACAUGUUAUAUCAUUGGGCAUCAGAUCAACAGCAAUGUUAUCUCAGAAAUACUAUCCUUCUGCUUUUGGAAAUGUCAUGUUCACAUUGUAUAGAUUGCAUCAAAAGGAAACAAACGUAUAUAUUUAUGCAGUUAGACAUUUGAAGUCCAUAAGUGCACUUAGACGUCAAACUUGUGUGCUUUUUAUGUGUAGUGGCCAUUGUUUUAUUAAUGUAUUUUACCUGCUGUAAUCUUUGUAAAAAAUGAUAAUACCCUUUUUAUAUUGUUAUUUGACAUGGGGUUCUCUUGUUUUUCACCAUGCUAUUAAUUUAUACCAUAAAACACAGAAUUUAUGGUUGGGAUGAAAGUGUCCGGUUCAUUCUAAAAUAUUCUUAUCAUGGUAUUCUUAUAGCUUGAACUCAUAAGAUCCUCAAUUUGAAAAAUAAAUAUUUCAUCUCAAAAGCAAA